UCUCUCUCUCUCUCUCUCUCUCUCUCUCUCUCUCUCUCCUCCACUUUACUGCUCGCUCGCAUCGCAAUUACACUACAUGUUAGUAGUUCAGCAUCUCCCCCCCUCACACAUCCCCGCCGACAAUAUGGAUUAAAUUGAGGUUUAUUUGGUUGCCAUAGCUUAGCCACCUCUCUCCGCGGCAGACAUGGGCAUCUCUAACGGCCGCCUACAUCCUCACACGGCGAACCGAUGUGGGUUCUUCUAGCCCGGAUGAGGCUUGUUAGAAAGUACCGUCAGAUUACCCGGUGAGGCGGGUGGGUGCGUUCGAUGCCGUUGGAUCAUGUCCUAUGUGUCUUCACAAGAUGGAAGGUGUGUGUCUCCGUGUUCCCGGCCUCACACUCCUCUGAAUGGCCAUGCCCACGACUCCCCCGGCUGGAGCCGCCCGCUCCGCGUCCGAGACGGAGACCAGUUCUACAUGCUGGACCAAGAAGAGGUUCAUCCUCUUCUUAUGAGCGAUCGGCGCCCUGUGUCUCACCGCACCAAGCUGCUCCGCCGGACUGUCUCCGUACCUGCCGAUACCAGACCCCACCCUGAAUCAGAGCACGCUCGUGCUCGCAGAAAGAGCUUUGCCACAGUGAGGCAGAGAAGCAUGGAAACUCCGCCCACUGCCCCUCCCCAGCAAUUCCGUCAGUCGAGUUUUCUUAGCCGCCGUCUGAAAAGCUCAAUUAAGCGAGCCAAGAGCCAGCCCAAACUUGAUCGCACCGGAAGCUUCCGCCACAUGAUUCUCCCACGAUUCCGCAGUGCUGACCAGGAAAGAACACGUCUGAUGCAGAGCUUCAAGGAGUCUCAUUCCCACGAGUCUUUGCUGUCGCCGAGCAGCGCGGCCGAGGCGCUGGACCUCACGCUGGACGAGGACGCCAUCAUCAAGCCCGUCCACUCCAGCAUCCUCGGCCAGGAGUACUGCUUUGAGGUAACGACAGCCUCAGGCACAAAGUGUUUCGCCUGUCGAUCGGCCGCUGAGCGGGACAAGUGGAUCGAGAACCUACAGCGAGCUGUUAAACCCAACAAGGAUAACAGUCGUCGGGUGGACAAUGUUCUUAAAUUGUGGAUUAUCGAGGCGCGGGAUCUUCCGCCUAAAAAGCGCUACUACUGCGAGUUGUGUCUGGAUGACAUGCUGUAUGCGCGCACCACCAGCAAGCCUCGAACAGACACGGUGUUCUGGGGUGAGCACUUUGAGUUCAACAACCUCCCUGCUAUCCGGAGCCUGCGCCUGCACCUCUACAAGGAGACGGACAAGAAGCGACGCAAGGAGAAAAGCACAUAUCUUGGCUUGGUCAGCAUUCCCAUCUCGAGCAUCACAGGUCGUCAGUUUGUGGAGCAAUGGUACCCAGUCAUCCAGCCCAGUGUCCUUGCAAAGGGUGGUGGUGUGGGCAGUGGAAAGGUCAUUAAUGCCUCACUGAGGCUCAAAUCGCGCUAUCAGACUAUGAGUAUCCUGCCCAUGGAGCUGUAUAAGGAGUUUGCAGAGUAUGUGACAAAUAAUUACCGCACUCUGUGUGCUGUCCUGGAGCCACUCUUGAGUGUGAAGAGCAAGGAGGAAGUGGCCUGCGCCCUGGUGCACAUCCUACAGAGCACCGGCAAGGCCAAGGAUUUUCUGUCGGACAUGGCGUUGAGUGAGGUAGAUCGCUUCAUAGACAGAGAGCAUCUGAUCUUCAGGGAGAACACACUGGCGACCAAAGCCAUAGAGGAGUACCUCAAACUUGUUGGACAUCGCUACCUUAAAGACACCAUUGGUGAGUUUAUUCGUGCAUUGUAUGAGUCAGAGGAAAACUGUGAGGUGGACCCCAUGCGAACCCCACCUUCCAUGCUCCCAGACCACCAGGCUAACCUACGCAUGUGCUGUGAACUUGCACUCUGCAAGAUCAUCAACUCCCAUUGUGUUUUUCCACGGGAGCUGAAGGAAGUAUUUGCAUCGUGGCGUGUGCGUUGUGCUGAAAGAGGUCGUGAGGAUAUUGCAGACCGGCUCAUCAGUUCCUCGCUGUUCCUGCGCUUCCUGUGCCCGGCCAUCAUGUCUCCAUCACUGUUUAACCUGACGCAGGAGUACCCAUCUGAGCGCACGUCCCGAACCCUCACGCUCAUCGCCAAGGUGGUGCAGAGCCUGGCCAGCUUCUCCAAGUUCAGUGGUAAAGAGGAUCAUAUGAUGUUUAUGAACGAGUUCCUGGAGAUGGAGUGGGGAUCCAUGCAGCAGUUCCUCUAUGAGAUCAGUAAUGUGGACUGUGGUAGUAACGCGGGGGCGUUCGAGGGUUACAUCGACCUCGGCCGAGAGCUCUCGAUCCUGCACAGCCUGCUCUGGGAAGUCAUGGCCCAACUGAGCAAGGAUGCUAUCUUGAAGCUAGGGCCCUUGCCACGCUUGCUGAACGACAUCAGCGUGGCUCUGAGGAACCCCCAGCUGCACCGGCAGGCGAGUCACCAGCCACCUGAACGCCACCUCGCACGAGCACCCUACAGCCGCCCAGCCACUAAUGACUUCCAGAGCCUGAUGAUGAGGGAGCAGAACAGUUCUAUAGAUAUCUCUCGUCUACCAUCCCCUACCUCCGGAGGCGGAGCUCUGUCUCACCCGGGCAUGGCUGGCUUCGACAGAGAUCCCCGUGGCAACAAAGAUGUGUUCUAUGUGGCACGCCCACCCUUAGCCCGCUCAAGCCCCGCCUACUGCACCAGCAGCUCUGACAUCACUGAGCCCGACCCGAAGGUGCUGAGUGUGAAUAAGAGUGUAUCUAUGAUGGACCUGCAGGACUCGCGCAUCAACAGCAUUUCCAACCUGCACUCUGUAAACGACAUGCUGAACUCAUCACAGGGCUCCAUCGCUGGAUUGGGCAGUUUCGGUGGUGCUCCUCUGCGGCUCGGGGGCAUGAGGUUCAGCCAUUCGGGAGGCCUGGCCUCGGAUUCGCUCUCCCAGCAGCAGCAGCACGCGGCAGCUGCCAUGCACGUGCCGCUCUCCUUCCAGAACCCGCUGUUCCACUUGGCUUCGGAUGGACCUCAGUACCAUGGCCCACCCCAUGGCUCGCAUGCCCCACCUCUCCUGCUCGCCCCAGAGCCCGAGAACGGGCACGCAGGCUUCGGAGUACCAGCCUUCGGCCAUGGCGGGUUCUCUCGCAGUGAGGAUCUCUCAGCCCUGCGCACGCAGAACAGCCUGGUUCAGCCCAGCAUCGUCCACUCACACAGCUACAGUGACGACUACACCCGCCACAACCAGGCUGACUACGCGCGCCGUCAGCUUUCACUGCAGGUGCAGGAGAAUCUCCAUCAGCAGGUAUUAAUGGGCAUGGCCCCUCAGACUGCUACCGGCACCGGAACACCCGCCUCGGUUGCAACGCCCCCGGCCACCAUGCACCCUGUCCGCCAGUCCUCUAUGGCUCCUCCCCCUACACAGCGUAUAAAGCCUCAGCCUUCGCACCAGCUGUCAGUCAGCUCAGCUGCUAACUCCACCCCACCUAAGGUCCGACCCCAGAGCGGAAAUCUCCUUCAGUCACCUGAGUCGAGUUUUGGAGCAAGGCCGAUGCCACGGCAGCAGCUGUCAGUUAAGGACAGCCCCGCCCCUGGUCUCCCUCACCAAUCCAGCACAGCCAGUGAUAGCCAGCAGCCACAGGGGGGUGCUAAUGAGAAUGCAGAGAAUGCACAGAGCGAUACUCCUGCUAAAUCUGCACCACAAUCCAACCAACAACACCUACUAAAACCAACUACUAACAAGCAGGGCUCUAAAUCUCCCUCCACACUGAACCCUCCGACCCCUGCGUCCGAGCGGACAGUCGCCUGGGUGUCCAACAUGCCGCACCUGUCAGCUGACAUCGAGAGUCUGCGUGUGGACAGAGAGGACCUGAAACUGAAGGAGCACUCUAAGAGCAUGGACGAGUCUCGGCUGGACCGGGUGCGUGAGUAUGAGGAGGAGAUCCACUCCCUGAAGGAGCGGCUGAUGAUGUCCCAUCGUAAGCUGGAGGAGUAUGAACGCAGGCUGCACUCCCAAGAACAGCAGACCAACAAGAUCCUGCUGCAGUACCAGAGCCGGCUGGACGACAGCGAGAGGAGACUGAGGCAGCAGCAGCUGGAGAAAGACUCGCAGAUCAAAGGCAUCAUCAGCAGGCUGAUGGCGGUGGAGGAUGAGUUGAGAGGCAGUGGCGUUUCUGACCUCAAAUCCCGAAUAUUUACAGGAGAGCCGAUCUAUGGUGGGCACACCGGAACAUGAUUGGACCACAGCAGCGCGAAAGGAUAUGUGACUGGACCCACGCCAGUCCAGGACCCUCUCUUGUUUCUGAUUGGUUGAGAGAGGAGAGAGAAAGAGGAAGAGCCUGAGGGGGAAAAAAAAACAACAAAAAAAUACAACUCUGAAUCGCUCUGACACAUCAAACCCCAAAAAGCACACAAAAUCACAUACGCAAGAGCACAUUCUUUAUGUCUCUCUACUUCUUUAUCUCCCUCUCUUUUCCUCCCUGAACCAAAAUAACGACAAUCACCUCUUUUUUAUGUAGUAGAUUGACAAAUUAGCUACUCGGUGCUGUUUAUUCUAUUAUUUAUUCGGCCAUUAUUUCUUUAGGAUCUUUUGGUACAAAUUAAAGCUACAAAACAGAGGGACUUGAUUCAUGUAUCCUCUUUUUUUUGCCCAUAGCACACCUCAGACUUUCUCUCUAUGUCUUUCCCUCUCUCAGCAGGCGUGUUUUGUUGUUCUCAGCAUGAUGGCCGUAGAGGGGCUGUGUUGGUCUUUGUGUGUAUGUGCGGUUAUGGUGUGUAUUACCGACUCCAUAACCCACAAACCUCCAAGCUCUAAUAAUGACUCUUCAUUUUUGUUCUUGUAAGUUUUGUUUUUCCUAUAACGAGCCUUUUCAAUCUUUUUAUGGAGGUGUAGUCUUUUCUGAGCCAAUCAGACGUCGCCAUACUGCUCAGAAAGCCCUUCCUGUGCCGCGCGGUGGGCGGCGCCUCUUCUCUGUGCCUAAAGAGCUCUAUACAAAACAGGGGAAAUGGAAAAAAAAAAAAAGCAACAAAAAAAACAAAAAAACACUUCAUCGACAGGAGCGCACAGGACACUCCCUUUUUUUUUUUUUUUUUUUUUUCCCUUUUUUUUUCCUUUUUUUUUUUUUUUUUCCAAGCUGUGGAGUUUGAAAGCGUAUGAUGUUUGAUUAAU